AUGGAAAUUCAGGAAGAGGCUGUUGAAAUCUGCAAGCUGCACCCUGAUGUCAUUGAAUGGUGCCCGUGCAACGGCCUCGAAGAUUGGCUCGCUUGGGGCACGUAUCAACAUGAUGAGGAGACGAAUGUGCGGCAUGGAGCCCUUGUCUUGGCUCGGUUGGAGUCUGACAGUGGCACUCCGAUUCUGCAGGUAGAAGCAAACAUAGAAAGUUCUGGUGUUUACGACAUAGCAUGGUCUUCAAGUCCUUUGGUAGCGUGCGCUUGUGCCGAUGGGACAGUAUAUCUUUACCAUGCUGGAGCUGCUGCAGAGGAGGUCACUGAGGUCACUGAGGUUGCUAAGGAACAGUUGAGCGACUGCAUCCUGACGCAUGUGUGUUGGGGCGCAGGUGAGGCAAAUGGCAUCGUCGUGACUGGACAGGAUGGCCUGGUGCAUCAUUUGAAAGCUGGUGCAACAGGCAUACAGCAAAUCCAAAGCCGAAAACAACAUGAACUGGAAACCUGGUGUGUGGAGGUCUCGCGCAUGAACAGUAAUCUUGUCCUAUCUGGUGCUGAUGACAGCUUGCUGCGUGGUUGGGACUUGCGAACUCCGAAUGCUUCACCUGCGUUUUCAAAUCGCUCCCACGAAGCCGGAGUCAUAUCCUUGGCUUGCAAUCCAAACAAAGACGUUCAGCUCCUGACUGGAAGUUACGAUGAGCAUGUGAGGCUUUUUGAUUUGCGCCACAUGAAGGCACCUCUUCUUCGCAGCAACCGCUUGGGUGAUGGGGCCUACCAGCUGAGUUGGCAUUCACAAAAACGCGGCCUUUUUGCAGUUGCAGCGAUGCGUUGUGGGUUCCCAAUUUUUGAGCUGAAAGAUGGAGAUGAAGGAGAUGAAGGUGAAGCAGCGGCAUUUAACGCUUUAGGAGGAUAUUGUGAAGCAGCAAAGGAAGGUUCGCAUGGCUCUUUAGGCUAUGGGAUAUCCUGGCAGAUCGGCAAUUCAUGUCGUGCAGCGUCCGCUUCCUUCUACGACAACAGCAUCCACAUCUGGAAAGUCGCCCAGGCACAAAGAUUUAAUGCUCAAGAAGCUGCUGAGUGGAUCUCCAACCGAUAUCAGGCUGUCAUGGAGGAGUAUGAAAAGCAGAAACAGACUGGCAAGAAAGACAUUCAGAAUUUCACGGAUAUGAACUCCGACCGUCCAGCCUGGGGAGGAGGAGCAAAACCAGUGCUUCCAGGCAAAGAGGACUUUUUGCAACAACUGCAGACGGCGCUGCUACAUUUUCAACGUGCUCGUCAAAUGGCAGAGGAAGGAAAAGGAAAUUGA